CUGAAAGUUCCUUCUCAACCCCCGCCCAAUUCGCAGGAAUUCAUGAUUCUCUCGAUCCUCUGACUAUCCCGAUGUACGCAUCUUAGCGGGGCCUGUUCCCGGUGGAUCCGACAUGCCACCUACCCGACGGUCGCACAGGAAGUCACGCCACGGCUGCAUCCAAUGCAAACAAAGAAGGGUCAAGUGCGAUGAAAUAUUCCCAUGUUCAAAUUGCGUGAACCGGGAUAUGGCCUGCGUCUUUGAGACUCAUCCUAGGACCCCUUCUGAAGUGUCCAACGAAAAAAGCAGCUCGUCAUGUCCACCUGAACUCCUCAGAGAACAAAGUCACAGGAGAAGCCUUGCCGCCGUACCAUAUCAGCAAGAGGUAUUACGUGAUAUUGAGAACAAUAUUCUGGCUGCCACGCACCACUCAGAAUGGAGUGGACAAGACCUUGAGAUUAUGCAUCAUUUUAUCGUAUGCACGGCAAUGACUCUUUCCGACAGUGAGGACAUACAAAAAGUUUGGCAGAUCGUAAUUCCACGAAUUGCCUAUUCAUUCGAGUUUCUGAUGCAUGGGAUUCUUUGUCUGUCUGCUCUGCACCUAGCUCACGUCAAACCUGAAAAGUGCAGUCAUUAUCUAACAGCCUCAAGGCUUCACUUGUCCCUUGGCUUGCGCGUCUUUCAACAGCUUCUUCCGUCUCCGAACAGGGAUAAUUGCUGUGCACUUUUCGCCUUCUGCAGUACUAUCAUGCUAUAUACAUAUGGUUCUCUCCAAGAAACGGGCGAUACGAUUGAUUCUUCCACUGUCUUGGAUAAUGUUUUAACUGGCUUCCGGCUGUGUCGUGGUACUCUCACAAUUUUGCCAUACUUGAAGUUGGUGGAACCGCACGACCUUGAGCCUCUUCUGAGCCCAGAAUAUGCUCCAUGCUUUGAAGAACAUUUCUGACUUCUUGGUAAUCUUCACAGAUACCCCAAAAACGGCCUCUUUGUGGGUGUAUACGAUCAACUCUUGGGCCUGAAUCAAUUCAUUUUGACGGAAAUUUCAGAGCCUGAAAAAAGAAAGAUUGCCCACCAAGCUGUUUCAGCCCUGACAUCAUCGUUUCGGUUACUAGAAAGGGCUGAAUUACCAUUUCAAUGCGGGAUGGCAUUUGUCUUGCCUCUUUCCUUUGAUGAAGCAGUCUUUGAUCUUAUGCAUCGCAAAGAUCCAAUUGCUCUCAUAGUAAUUGCCUACUAUUGUGCACAGCUUCAUUGUCUGAGACACUAUUGGUUCAUUGGCUCUAAAGCCCGAUUGUUGAUGUCCGAUGUUGAAGACUCCCUGUCAUCAAGGUUGCUUAAAUGGGUAUUUUGGCCAAGGGCAUUUAUUUUUGGACGUAACUCUAAUAUGAGUCAAAAUACUAAUCUACGAGUGUAGAAGAAAGCUGCACCGGAUGAGGGGCAUAGAGAUAUCAGAUGUAUUGAAUUUACAAAUGGAUAUACAGUGACUACGCAAA